AAUGGGUUGUUUACAACCAAAAUAACAUGCUAGAAUAGUACCAAUGCAAACUAGUCACAACGAUUCUAUUUUUACUUCAACAACAGACAUCCAUUCUCUAUAUAAUUUUGGUAAAGUACUAGGAAUAGGGUCUUUUGGUAAGGUUGUUUUAGCUACAAUGAAAAAUAAUUCAACAAAAUAGUAUGCCAUCAAGAUUAUAGAUAAAAACAAUCUCCAUGGAAAAGAAGCAUAAUUGGCUAAUGAAAUAUAUACACUCAAAAAAUUAGAUCAUCCCAACAUAAUUAAGUUUUAUGAAGUCUAUCAGAGUGAAUUAUAUAUUUACAUAUGUAUGGAAUAUUGUGAAGGAGGUGAGUUAGUAGAAAGAAUUGCAAAACAACAGAUAAAUUUAACUGAACAUUAAGUAUAAAGAAUUAUAUCUAAAGUAAAUCAUAUUAGUUAUUUAGAUAUGUUCUGCUGUCAUCUAUAUACAUGAAUAAGGCAUAGUACAUAGAGAUAUUAAAGCUGAAAACAUUUUAUUUACUGAACAAAGUCUCUAUUCGGAACCUAAGUUAAUUGAUUUUGGAUUUGCAAAUAAAUUUGAUGUAAUACAUAGAAGAAGAAAACUAAAGACUUUUAUUGGCACUCCUCUUUAUAUGCCACCAGAAGUAAUUGAAGGAGAUUAUGAUGAAAAAUGUGAUAUUUGGAGUUUAGGUGUUCUUCUUUAUAGUCUUUUAUGUGGAACUCCUCCAUUUGUGGGUUAAUCCAAAGAGAAAUUGUUUCUCAAUAUAAGAAUUAAGGAAGUUAAAUUUGAAUCUAAAGUUUGGAAUACUAUUUCUGAAGAAGCUAAAAAUUUACUUAGUUAAAUGCUCUCUAAAGAUCCUCAAUUAAGACCUUCUGCAAAAUAAUGUAUGGAUCAUCCUUGGUUCUAAACUAAAUAAAAUCCAUCAUUAUUGUUAACUGAUAAACUUAAAUCUACUCAAUUCCAAUAAGAUCGAACUAUUUAUUAAAUGUUAAAAACAUAUAGAGGUGGAGCUAAGUUUAAAAAGGAGGUCACAAAAGUACUAAUCAAUUAAAUGAAUGAAUCUGAUUUACAACAUUUAAAAUUGAUAUUUUCAAAAAUUGAUGUUGAUAAUUCAGGAACCAUAACAGUAGAAGAACUUAAAUCAGCUUUAAUUAAAGAGGGUUCUAUAGUAACUCAUUGGGAAAUUGAACAAUUAAUAUAAACUAUUGUUUUAGAAGAGGAUGAAGGCAUUUAAUUAAUGGGUGAAUAAGAUGGAAUUUAAUUCUUAGAAAGUAAAUCUCCAAGACCAUUAAUGAUUAAAUAUACAGAUUUCUUAGCUGCUUGUAUUGAUCAAAGAAAAAUAUUCACUAGAGAACGAGUAUUAUAUAUUAAUUUAUUUAUUAGUUAUGGUCUUUGUUUAAAUAUUUCGAUACUUUAAAUGUAGGUCAUAUAUAAAAAGAUGAUAUUAAAGAAGCUUUAGCUAGACAUGGAAGAUAAAUUUCGGAAGAUAAAAUUAAUGAAAUGAUCAAUGAAAUCAAUCCUAAUAAUAAUAAUUAAAUAUCAUUUGAUGAGUUUUGUUAAAUGAUGUGUGAUUAAGGAAUAGAUAAAACUAUGAAUAUUAAGGAUGAAUUUAAGGAACCACCAUCAAGAGUAGAUUGA